UUGGCAUCGAGAUCUGGAGGAUCCCCAAAUACUCCAAACCGAUGCGCUGGAAAACAUGUACGAAGUACAGGAAUGCGAGACCUCGACCUCGACUAGACCACAAAUGGAGGCCAUCAUGGCCCCACUUUUCAUGGAGGGCAGCCCUCCUUGGUGGUUCCUCCGUUGGACGCUAAACGCUAAAAAGGUCGGGUACGAGUAGGGGCGCAACCCUUCACUUUCGACAGCCAGACUCCAGACUCCUUCACUUCCUCAAAUUAUCGUCUCAUUUCUUUUUGGAUAUAACACAAUUUCUCGCCCCGCGCCCGUCCGCCGAGGACGCUCGCUUACCCUCGCUUCCAAUUUGGAUAUCAGUCAAGUACGCAGUAGCCCCUCCAUCCUCUCUCCCCUCCCAGCGCUGGACAUCGCGGUGGUGGUGGUGCUGGUCUCGAGGGUCAGCCGUGUGUUCCUGGAACUCACCGUCCAAGAAUCCCCACCUCGAGGACUCGUCCAGCGCGAGAUGGAUGACAAUGGCCUGUAACUGAUGCCCUCGUAGUAAAUUAUUCCUCAAAAUGGCAUAUUCCAAUAGCACCAGCGAUCGCAUCGACGAGUUGCGCUUCCGCAGCCAGCAAUCCUCGCGCAAUGAUUCAUCCUUGAUGGGCCUCGUCUCUCCUCCGCGAAACAACGGCAGUCGAGUCUCCCAACCUCUUCAUUCACAAGAUAGCCGAGAUACUCGAGGGGGUCUGAUGCGCCGAUUCACUACCGACUCUGGCAGGACUCCUACUGUGAAUCUACUGGCGAAUCACCGUGGUGGUGCAGAGACCCAGCAGCAGGAGUACGGCCCCUCGGUAAGCUAUUGUCCCCUCCCCCGUCCACAAUACCCUCCGAGACUCUAUUGUCUUCCCCCGCAACCGAAAACUUGCGCAUAGCUUUCAACCUCAACUUCAACUUUUAAUUCCAACCUCGGAUUGUUGUAAAAUAAUACCUUCACUAACAUCAAAUAACUCAGACUUACCACAAGGUUCAACUUGUAAGCCAUCCUCUUUGCGCACAAAUUCACUGAUUCCCUCCUCCGCAAUCGCUGCAAACUCAAAUUUCUCCCUCUUCUCCGACAAUAGCAACAUCAACAAUAUCAAUUCUUUUCGCAAAGCCUCUAGACGCUCAUCCUUGUUUGUUGCCUUGGCUAAUCAAUGAAACAGCUAGAGAAGAAGAAGCUCGAGUACGAGAGACUGCGGGAACAAAAGCGACGCUUCGAGGCUGAGAUGCAACUUCUCGAUCUACAACAACGCCGAGAAGAACAAGAACUUGCCCAAAUGACUGAAGACCUCGGUCGAACCAAGAACACAGGACACCAGUCUGAGCCUACAACUCCUCCUGAAUAUCGCGAGACUACUUCUGGCUUCCCUUCCGUCUUCUCUCGACCCAAUCGUUAUUCCACCUCCAGUCUUACCUCUCCCCCAGGUCUUUACAAUCGCCCAGGAAGAUCUGGAUCUCAACUUACUUCUCCACACUCAGGCAUUUUGCAAUCUCGCAUGAUGGACGACAACUUGACUUCUCAAUCAGGUUCUGCCUCUCGACGCAAUAGCGACGAAGAUGAAAAGGAGGAAGCUGUUCGACAAGAUCCCACCAGCCAUCGCUCCACAAAUGCGUGAGUACUUUGAUUUCUCUUCCCCUCUAUUACUACUUUUCUUCCUUUUACAAAACUGUCCGAGAUCCAUGCGCUCUCAUUCUCUCAUCCCUGCAUAUUGAGAUUCUGUUGUCAAGUCUGAAUUUUGUCUCUUCAUGUCGUUGAAGUCAAAUUUCGCCUAUACAUUCAGAGUUUCGGCAGCAGUUGCCUGGCUGUCAAAAAUCACGAGGUUGGUCCAAGGCAGCAUCUUGUGAUGCGCAAAGGUGAGGGAGUAGUUACUCACUCACCUUCACUUUAUCUGAACACUCGGUUAUAUUCACCUUUUGCACCUUCGGUUUGCAGUGCUCUCUGAGCGCAAACUUGACCUUCAACCUCUCAAUACCAGCCCCCUCUUUUUCUCUCUUACAAAUUCUUUCCACAACCUCACGAUCCUCUCCCUCUUCCAUCCUUCUUACACAAAACUUCUCCACCACAUACUCGUCUUCUGUUAUCCAUUAUCACGGAGCCUCUCCGUUGUUCGCUCAGCAUUACUCAAUUCAUCAAUUGAUUUAUUGUCAUCCAAAAUCCCACCACCCUUUCACCCUUACUUCAUAAUUCAUCGCUGGUCGCAAAAGCCAGGACUCUUCUUCAAACCGCCCAAUUUUCCUGUUGCUGAUAAUUACCCAGCCUCAACAGAUACUCUAUGCCAGUUACCAGAUCCCGCAACGGUAUGCCUGACCUCCUUGAUCCCAGCAACACCGCCCGCUUUCUCUUUGGUGAAGAGGACAGUGCGACAUCUCCAGAUAUCAAGAACUACAUGAACGCAACCACCACCAAAGACAACUUCCCAAUCCUUGUCCGUGGUGACGGAUACCCGGGAAUGGUGAGUCUUAUCAUUUGGUUCGUCUGAACUUUAUUGCUGACCGCUUAAUGCAGCUGUCCGCUUCAUCUGCUGCACUCGACUUGGCUACCUCGUCCUCGUCACCUGGCCCUGAGUCGCACUCAAACGGCUGGGGUAUGUUUGCUCGUCCUCACCACCGGGCAUCUCAAUCUCAACAAAGCCUCCCGAUGGUUUCUCAAAGCCAAACAAACGGUGCUUCGGCUGCUCAAGCUAAUGAACCGCAAUCCCCUAUCAACGUUCGCCCAACUUAUCGUCACUCGAUUGAUAUGAACUUCUUCGAAGGUCAAGAGCCUCAAAUCUCUUCCCCACCAAGCAUGGCACAAACCCCGCCAAAGCUCCAAUCAUCAUACUCUGCCAAUGACGUUCCAACAAUGAGAUCAGGCACCAACGGAGCUCCAAGCGUUAAUACAACCCCCAACUCCCACGCACAACAACAUCUUCACAACCAUAACGCAAGCUUGGGUCGUAUUCCGCCAAACGCUAUGAACAGACUCAGCCGUGAGUUGAAUGCAUCCGAAGCUGCAACCCUUCGAGAUGCUCAAAAUGGCGGUUAUCAAUCCAUCCAAUCGGCUCUUCAAGCUAACGCUCCGCCUUUCGGACCUUCUCUCACCCAAGGCAUGUCUCAACCACAAAUUCCUGCAGCUAUGACAUCUCCAACUGGCAGUCAACAAUACCCAUCUCCUCCAGGCUACUACCCCAAUUACAACAUGCAGAUGUUGAACAUGGGUAUGCAGAACAUGCAAUUGGCGCAACCAAUGUAUUCUCCUCACAACCCAUAUGCAUAUGGUGCCCAAGGUACUACCGUCGGAGCUGCUGGCAUGUACACCCCUCAAGCAACUCCUCGUGACAGCCAAGCACGUGUGAUUCAACAACGUCGUCAAAAUGAUGGCGAAGGUAAGUUUCAUCAUUAUCUCCUAUGAAGCUCAAGGCUUUAGCUAACGUUGUAUUUAGCUAUGAACCGAUUUGCAAACAUGGCCUUGGAGCAGUUGGGAGGUGAAAUUUACACCCUCUGCAAGGACCAACAUGGAUGUCGUUAUCUGCAAAAGAAGCUUGAAGACCGUGACCCUAACCAAGUCCAUAUGAUUUGGCUUGAGACAAACCAACAUGUCAUUGAACUCAUGACCGAUCCCUUUGGCAAUUACCUUUGUCAGAAGUUGCUCGAGUACUGCAAUGAUGACGAACGCACUGUUCUUAUCGAGAAUGCGUCUCAUGACCUCGUCCGCAUCGCCUUGAACCAACAUGGAACCCGAGCUUUGCAAAAGAUGAUUGAAUUUAUCUCUACCCCUGGCCAAGUCCAAACAAUCAUUGGGGCUCUUCAAUAUCGCGUUGUUGAGCUUAUUCAAGAUCUCAACGGUAACCAUGUUAUCCAAAAGUGUCUUAACAAGUUGUCUCCGGCUGACGCACAAUUCAUUUUCACCGCUGUUGGAAACAAUUGUGUUGAUGUGGGAACCCAUCGCCAUGGAUGCUGUGUUCUUCAACGAUGCAUUGAUCAUGCCUCUGGCGAUCAGAAGGCUUGGUUGAUUCAACAAAUCUCCAACAAUGCCUAUGUUCUUGUUCAAGAUCCUUUUGGCAAUUACGUUGUUCAAUACAUUCUUGAUCUCAAUGAGCCACUCUUCACUGAGCCUCUCGUCAGAAUGUUUGAAGGCAAGGUCGGUCAGCUAUCCAAGCAAAAGUUCAGCUCCAAUGUCAUUGAAAAGUGUCUUCGCUGCUCCCAGGAAGAAUCUAAGGACAUGCUGAUCAACGAAAUGCUUCAACCCGCUGAGCUUGAUCGUCUACUCCGAGACUCUUUUGCUAACUAUGUCAUUCAAACUGCCCUCGAUUAUGCAAAUCCCGCCAUGAAGGCUCGUUUGAUUGAGGCUAUCCGCCCUCACCUCCCUGCCAUUCGUACCACACCAUACGGUCGUCGAAUUCAAGCCAAGAUUCAAGGCAGUGAGAACCAGGCUCAGGCCCAGUCUCAGCAAGCUACUCCCGGUCCGGUCCCUCAGCUUCCAAAUACUCGCAGUGGUCCAUCAAGCGGUCAACAGACCCCUGCGACCGAAUCUGCUCUUGAGUCCAUCCAGGCUGUUGCCCGUCACACACGCGGUCUUUCGAACGCUUCGACUCCUGCUGUUGUCAGUCCAUUUACCAGCCCAGUUGGCAAUGGUAAUGGUUAUGCCAAUGGCUUUCCUCAAACUCCUACCAAUGGCAUUGCAAAUGGUCUUGGAGCUCUCACACCAGUCCAGAACAACAACUCCUUCCCCGUCAAUGGCGAGAUUUCCUCUCCUCCUCCACAGUACUUCUCUCCUCCAUACAGAGGUGCUGCUCCAAACGUCGGCCCAGGAGGUGCUGGUAAUUGGUUGUAAAACAUGCAUAUUCGUUCACGCUUUGGUUAUGACGACACGAUCUCACGCUUGUAACGGUACGAGGAACGAUAAUUCUAUAUUCUCGCCUUGGAUGCACAACUUCUCUUCUGCAGUCUCAUUACUGUCCACUUUGGUGGUUCAGUAAUUUUGAACACUGUUUUCACAUACGAUAUUCACGGCCAUUAUGUUACAAUAGCAUCCACAGGCUUGCUUCCCUUUCGCAGCGCAGCGUUAAUGCGGUCCUCUCAAAGACGGUCUUCAGCAUAUUUUUCAGCGGCACUUUGUACCAUAAAAAACGCACGAUCACAAAAGAUCGGGCAUGAUUCUCAACAUCAAUUUUCUCAGCGCAGGGUACAAUAGGAGCGACUGCGCGGCUCAACUUGUAUCUGUACCGGAAUCUAUCCGCAUAGACCUCCAUUUUCCUUGCCUGUUUUUCCUUUUUUCGUGGAAUUUGCGUUCGUUUCCCCAUUUCCCUUUUUUCCUCGGCAUGUCAGUGGGUCAGUUCUUUUUUCGAUAGCUCUGGGGCAGUUAUCUUGUGUUUACACAUACCUGCGAUUCUAUUCUACUAUCGGUGUAACUUGCGGCUCAUUCUCGUGGUUUCAAGAACAGAAAACUUUGGGCAUGAGAUUUGCUAAUAUGCGGUUCACUUUGUAUCUCCCCUUUACUUGGCAGAGCGAAGUCACAUUUGAUCUCUCGUGUGGCUUGGGCGUCAUUUAAGAGAGUUUGCAGCUUCUUGUUGAUGCAUUACUCUAGCAUCUGGAGGAGCCUUUAUGACGAUAUUAUUAUUUUUCCUUAUCCUCCUUUUCUCGGGGGAUCUGGUUGUUGGGCGGAUCUCUCGAAGAACCAAACAUGUAACUAGAAACUGAAUGAAAAGCGGAGUAAAUUAAAGUUUG